UUCGGGAUUCAGUGUAUGAUUUGGAUGUGCAUUCGAAUGUAAACACUCAAAAACGAUUCAAGUUAUCUUUAUAAAAUUUAUCAACAAUAUUCAAUAAUGGAAGAAGUCCAGAAGCAUUCAGUGCACACUUUAGUGUUUCGAUCAUUGAAGAGAAGCCACGACUUUUUCGUCAGUAAUCAAGGAAUCAUUAAUUUAGAAGCAGAUGAAAAAUUUGAAAAAAUGCGUUAUAACAUCAAAGCAAGAGACACAUAUGCUCCAGUAUUCCACAGAGUAGCAGCAUCAGAAAAUGAACGGAAGAAAGCAGAAUAUUUCGGCAAAUCUGAUGAAAAUCAAACAUUACUUGAUAAAACAACUGAAGCUAUAAUGCCUGCACCGGGAAGUUUACCACAUGAAUCAUCAUCGGCACUUUUACCUUUCACGCAACCCAACAUACAACAAAAUCAACAACAAUUGAUUCCGAAGAAAGCUUCAGCAAUUCCACGUCCAAAAUGGCAUGCACCAUGGAAACUUUAUCGCGUUAUUAGCGGUCAUUUGGGAUGGGUACGAUGUGUUGCUGUAGAACCAGGAAAUGAAUGGUUCGCAACAGGUGCAGCUGACAGAGUGAUCAAAGUGUGGGACCUCGCAAGUGGAAAAUUAAAACUUUCUUUGACUGGCCAUGUCAGCACCGUCCGUGGUCUUGCGGUGUCCCCACGUCAUCCUUAUCUCUUCUCAUGCGGUGAAGAUCGUCAAGUAAAAUGUUGGGAUCUUGAAUACAACAAAGUUAUUCGACAUUAUCAUGGACAUUUGUCAGCAGUCUACUCAAUGGCACUUCAUCCAACAUUGGACGUUCUUAUUACUGCCGGACGAGACUCUACUGCAAGAGUUUGGGAUAUGAGAACAAAAGCCAACAUUCAUACUCUCGUAGGUCAUACCAACACUGUUGCCAGUGUCGUUACUCAAGCAGCAAAUCCGCAAAUUAUCACUGGAAGUCACGAUUCAACUGUGAGAUUGUGGGACUUGGCAGCUGGCAAAAGUAUGUGCACAUUAACCAAUCACAAGAAAAGUGUGCGAAGUGUUGUGCUUCAUCCAACUCUCUACAUGUUUGCUUCAGCAAGUCCCGAUAAUAUAAAGCAAUGGCGAUGUCCUGAAGGAAACUUCAUUCAAAAUCUUUCAGGACAUAAUACGAUUGUUAAUUGCAUGGCAGUUAAUCCUGAAGGUGUUCUUGUAUCAGGCGGCGACAAUGGGACAAUGCAUUUCUGGGAUUGGAGAACUGGUUACAAUUUUCAACGAAUUCAAGCUGCUGUACAACCAGGCUCAAUGGAUAGCGAAGCUGGAAUCUUUUCUAUGAUUUACGACAACUCUGGAUCUCGAUUAAUAACAACAGAAGCUGACAAAACAAUUAAAAUUUAUAAAGAAGAUGAUGAAGCGAGUGAGGAAACACAUCCAGUUAAUUGGAAGCCAGAAAUCAUCAAACGACGAAAAUAUUAAAUCGCAAUCGAUAAAUUUUCAAUUAAUGUCAAUAAAAAUUUAAUGAUUUCAAUUUUUUUUAA